UUUUUGUGUUGAUACAUUUUAUCACAUUUUGCUUGUACACAUAGUGUAAUUGGUUAAAUGUACAACGGUAUUGGAUUACCUACACCUAGAGGUUCAGGUACCAACGGUUAUGUUCAACGUAACGUAGCAAAUGUGAGUCUUCAUGGUCCUUCUCGUCGCAUUGGAUAUCAAGUAGCUAAUAAAACAGUCGACGAAACAUUGGAACGAGAGUCCGUUGUACGCAAACCUGACCCUGAUAUUUUGGAACAUGAAAGGUGCCGAAAGGCAGUGGUACUGUCGUUGGAGUUGGAGGAAAAGCUAAGAAAUGAAAACAUUUUAAAUGAAGAACAAAUAAAGGAGCUCGUUUCAAAGGUUAGAACACAGUUGAUGAAUCAGAGUCAGGUGGACUUGGCAGUGGACAAGGGUGAAAGUAUCAAUCACCUCCUACAAAAUAUAGCUGAAGAAGCACAAAAAUGGAAGAAAGCGAGUUUAAAAGAAAGCAAAGAUAAGAGACGUGGACUUCAGGUGGGGUUUGCUCGAGAGGAACCUACUUUGGGCUUACAACUUGAAAGCAGGCCGACUUUCCGUGACUACGACACUCACCGCAAGUCUUUGGCCAAAGAGAAAGAAAACCUCAAAUUGAAGUAUGCUUUGGGACUUGACGACGACUAUCAACCUGGAGAUGUUUUUCGCAACUCCCGGACGGAAGAAGAACCAGUGACACAACAAACGCCAAUUCGCCCUUUCAUGAACCAAGAAGAGUUGAAGCUAGCGAAUGAAGUGGAAGAGGAGCAUUAUUCUCCAGCAUUAAAUACUAUGAAGGAGGAAGGUGAGCUCCGAGGGGAAGAUGAAGUUGCUUUUGUGUCACCCUCGAGGAAUAGUAUCAAGGCGAAUAAGGACAUUGAGACAGACUCCAAAGAGCGUAGAAAGGAAGUUGAAUCGCAUAGACGCAGACGUAGACAUCAUUCAACUUCUCGAAGAAAAAGGUCAUCCUCUCGUGAUAGGAGGAGACAUCAAACUUCUUCAGACGAAGACAGAAGACGUAAAAGACGACAUAGACAUUCAUCUCGAAGAGAAUCUCACAAGUAACAAUAGCCUCAACUACAAUUGCCAUAUUUUAACGUUCAUAAUUAAGAACAAAGAGAAAAACCUCGUUUCUAUUAUGUUGGCCAUUCUAGUCAA